UUUCGUGAGCGAAGAGAACGCACUCUCUCGUCGAGGUCUCGAGGAGGGUUUGAAGGAUUGGGACGGAGAUCGGAAAACCUAGGCCGGAGCGAGUGGGAUGGAGGGUGGGCAUGAUGGGGAUGGCACGCUGGAGCGAGUGGAAACCCCGCCGGAUGAGUCUCGGUGUUGUCGGACCGAUGGGAAGUCGUGGCGGUGCAAGAGAUCGCGGAGCGCGGAGGGUAGGUUCUGUGAGGUCCACCAGCGGAAGCGGGCUAUGAUGAUUGAGAGAGGGAAAGGUUCUUUGAGGAAGGGUGGUAGGCGGAGCGUGGAUGAUGGGGAGGAUACGUCUUUUCGGUCUUCGGCGGUGGUUAGAUAUGGGAGAGAAAUCUUGUUGAGGAAGCGAAGGGCUGGGCGAUCACUGGAAGAUGAUGGGGUUGGGAGUGAGGAGGAUGAGGAGGAUGAUGAGGAGCCUUCGGUUAAGCGGAAUGAGAGGAAGGGUAAAGAUCGGAGCUUGAAGGCAACACAGAAGAGAAAGAAAGGAGGGAGGAUGGUUAGCGAAGUUGUGAAGGAGUAUUCUAGUAGUGAUGGGGACGAAGAUUGGGAGUCUAGUUCUUCUUCGGAAGGGAGGAAGAGUUCGAAGGAAUCCAAGAGGAGUAUGAAGGAGCAGGAGGUGGAUGGGUCUAGCAGCGAGGAGGACGAGGUUUAUUUAUCUGCACUGUUGGACAAGGAGAAGGGCAAAGAUGGGAACCUGAAGACAGGGCAGAAGAGAAAGAGGGGAGGGAAGGACAAAGCGAAGAAAAGCAAAGGUUCCAAAGGCAAUGGAGAUGUUGGUUCUUUGAAUGUGAAAGGGUUGGAGAAAUCAAAGAAGAAUAAUAAGCAGGAGGUGGGUGAUACCGAUAACGAGGAGGAGGAUGCCCCUUCAGUUAAGGAUGGUGGGAAGAAUGGUAAAGAUGGGAAUUUGAAGGCGAGGCAGAAGAGAUCUAGGGGAAAUAAAGAGAAAUUGAAGAAAAGCAAAGCUUCAGGGGAGGGUUCCAGUAGUGAUGGGGAUGAGGACUAUAAGGAGCAUGAGAAGAGUACUAAGAAGCGAGAGGGUUCUAAGAAGAAGCUGCUUAGGGGUGAGGAUGCCUUAAUGUGCCAUCAAUGCCAGCGAAAUGAUAAAGGGCCUGUGAUAUCAUGUUCUAAGUGCAGGAAGAAGCGAUACUGUUUACCCUGUGUGCACAGAUGGUAUCCCUUGUUGUUAGAGAAAGAUUUUGCUGAAGAAUGUCCUGUCUGUCGUAAUAAUUGUAAUUGCAAGGCAUGCUUGCGAAUGAUAAGAGUUGCUCAGCCUGCUGAAAGAAAAAUCGAUGAAGGAGAAAAGGUUCAGUCCUCUUACUAUAUACUGCACAAAUUACUUCCAUGGUUGAAAGAGUUUCUUCAGGAGCAAAGAGGGGAGAAGGAAAUUGAGGCAAAAAUUAAGGGUCUGUCGUCAUGUGAACUAAAGUUGCAACAAGCUUCUUGUGCUAGCGAUGAGCGUGUAUAUUGCAACAAUUGCAGAACUUCUAUUGUCGAUUUUCACAGAAGCUGUCCAAACUGUUUGUAUGAUCUAUGUCUUAGUUGUUGCCGUGAGCUUCGUGACGGCCACAUACCUGGUGGUGAGCCUGCAAUUACCAUGCAAUAUGAAGACAGAGGUACGGAUUAUAUGCAUGGGGGAGCUGCCUUGAAAAGCAACACACGGGCGCGCUCUUCUGCUACUGAAGUUGCUAAGCCUUCAGAAGAUGUUGUGGCCUUGAGAAAAUGGAAGGCAGACAGUGAUGGCAGCAUCCCUUGUCCUCCUAAGGAACUUGAUGGUUGUGGGAAUUCCCUUUUGGAGCUCAGGUGUAUGUUUCCGGAAAAUUUGCUUCAAGACUUGGAGGAGGCUGCUGCUUCUUUUACUGAAAGAAGGGAGUGGAAAAAAUAUGCUGAUAUCUCCACUCAAUGCUCCUGCUUUACUGCAUCUGGUGAAACAGGUUCUUGCAGUGAAGUGUCACGAAAAGCAGCUUCUCGAGAGAAUUCAGAUGACAACUAUUUAUACUGCCCAAGUGCUAUAGAUAUUCAAACAGGAGAGCUGCAGCAUUUCCAAAAUCAUUGGAUUAAGGGUCAGCCUGUAAUAGUUCGUGAUGUUCUUGCAUCCACAUAUGGAUUAAGCUGGGAGCCGAUGGUUAUGUGGCGUGCAUUACGAGAGAAGAAAUCCAGUGAUGAAUCUGAUAAACUCACAGUAAAUGCAAUUGAUUGCUUGGACUGGUGUGAGGUUGAGAUAAACAUUCAUCAAUUUUUCAUAGGAUACACUAAGGGACGAACGCAUCGGUGUGAUUGGCCUGAGAUGCUCAAACUUAAGGACUGGCCCCCUGCUAGUUCCUUUGAGGAGCGAUUACCGCGCCAUGGUGCUGAGUUUUUCAAAGCUCUACCAUUUCCAGAAUAUACUGAUCCUAGGUGUGGCCUUUUCAAUCUUGCUGGGAAGCUUCCUAAUGAGGUUAUGAAACCAGAUUUGGGGCCGAAAACAUACAUUGCAUAUGGACUUGGUCAAGAGCUAGGGCGGGGAGAUUCUGUGACGAAGCUUCACUGUGAUAUGUCAGAUGCGGUGAAUGUAUUGACGCACACUGCUGAGGUGACUUUUUCUUCCGAUCAACUUUCUAAAAUAAAUGAACUGAAAAAGAGACACCGGGAUCAGGAUAUGAGAGAAAAACUCAUUAAUGAAAAGAGGAAGACAGUGCUGAAGUCUGCAGUCUCUAAUGAUACAGUUGAUGAAAAGCAAACUGAAGGUGGUGCCCUGUGGGAUAUUUUCCGUAGAGAAGAUUCUCCAAAACUGCAGGAAUAUCUCAGGAAGUAUUCUAGAGAGUUUAGACAUGUUUAUUGUUGUCCAAUUAAGCAGGUGUUUCAUCCUAUACAUGACCAGUCUUUCUAUUUAACUGUGGAGCAUAAGAGGAGGCUUAAGAAGGAAUAUGGUAUUGAGCCCUGGACCUUCGUGCAAAACCUAGGUGAGGCUGUUUUCAUCCCUGCAGGAUGCGCCCAUCAAGUAAGAAAUCUAAAGUCCUGUUUGAAGGUUGCACUUGAUUUCGUUUCACCGGAAAAUGUCAAUGAGUGCAUCAAAUUGACUGAUGAAUUCCGAUUACUUCCACAUGAUCACAGAGCGAAGGAAGACAAACUUGAGGUGAAGAAAAUCACUCUAUAUGCUCUCCAAGAAGUCAUGAAGGAUCUGAAAGACAAGGAAAAAACAUAGAAGUUCCAAGAAAACUGCAGAAGAAAAGCAACUAGAGACAGACCAGCCGUGACCAGCUCAAGACUCGAUCCCACCAUCCCAAUCAUCGCAAUCAUCUCCGACUGCAAACUGCUGUGCAUAUUUAGAAAUGCAUAACCGAUGCCGUUGUUGUUUCUGCUGUGCAUUAACAGUGCAGUGCUGCAUAUAGCUUAUAGCAAUCAGCUGAAGAUUGACACCUUCAACAGACUUUUGUAUAAUUUCUGGCAGCCGGAGUUUUGCUGCAGCUGGUUGUUCAGUUGAAAACCAACAACUUAAACAAACAUUUGUAAAAUAACUCUUAGAUGAACACUGACUUUUCUAAUCUCAGCAAAAA